AUGGGCUUAGAAGAGGAAAUAAAAGAGAGAUUUUGGGAAGAUUUCGACAUAGUGGUGAGAAGUGUGCCUAGCACAGAGAAGAUCGUCAUAGCAUGGGACUUCAAUGGGCAUAUUAGGGUCCUACCUGGAGGCUAUGACAAUGUUCAUGGUGGUUUUAGCUUCGGUGUUAGAAAUGGCGAGGGAACAAAACUAUUGGAUUUUGCGAGGGCCUUUGAGCUGGUGGUUGUGAACUCGAGUUUCCCGAAGAAGAAGGAUCAGCUGAUUACCUUCCAAAGUGCAAAAACCAAGACUCAAAUUGACUUUCUGUUUCUUAAGAAGGGGGAUAGGGUGCUAUGUAAGGAUUGUAAGAACGAUGAAGUGAAGAAGAAAGUGGAGAUCAAGAAGAGGGCGUAUGUUGAGUUGAUUGAGAGUAAAGAUAAAGAAGAGAAGUGGGUCAAUAGAAUGGUGUACAAGGUAGCUAGGAAGGAGGCUAAGUUAGCAGUUACUGCUGCCAAGUCAACAGCGUUUGAGCAUUUAUAUGUUGGGUUAGAGGAAAAAGGAGGGGAUAAGAGGUUGUAUAGGCUUGUAAAAGUUAGAGAGUGA